CCUGUGGUGUGUGCGGCAUGGUGUCAGCAGUGGAUGCACUGGGAUGUAAAUACAACCAAGCAGUAAAGGCGAAAUGGCAAUAGUUGACAGCAGCGAAGUAUUAUUCAGUGUCUAAGAGAGAAACCACCUUUAAACUCUCAAGACACAAGUCACUUCACGCUUUGAAGAUGUCUGAUGCUUGCACCUCUGAACCUGCUGGAGCCAUCAAGGCUAUUGAUAAGCACUCAGUGCAUCAAAUCUGCUCGGGACAGGUAGUGCUGACUUUGGCCACUGCUGUCAAGGAGUUGGUGGAGAAUAGCAUUGAUGCAGGAGCCACCAACAUUGAUGUCAAGCUGAAGGAGUGUGGAGCUGAACAAGUGGAGGUGGCAGACAAUGGUAAAGGUGUAGAGGAGGCUAACUUUGAAGGACUGACACUGAAGCAUCACACAUCAAAGUUAAGGGAUUUCUCAGACCUCAUCCAUGUGGAAACAUUUGGCUUCAGAGGUGAAGCCCUGAGCUCUUUAUGUGCUCUGAGUGACUUGAGUGUCAUUACCUGCCAUGAGUCCAGCCAGGUGGGGACAAAGUUGGUUUUUGACCACAAAGGUCACCUAGUGCAGAAGACACCUCAUCCCCGGCAGCAGGGCACCACGGUCAGCCUGCAGCAGCUUUUCUGCACCCUGCCUGUUCGACACAAGGAGUUUCAACGCAAUAUUAAGAAGGAGUAUGCCAAAAUGAUACAUGUUCUGCAGUCCUACUGUAUCAUUUCUACAGGAGUGCGCAUCACCUGCUCCAACCAAAAUGGGCAGGGAAAGCGCAGCACAGUCCUCGGCACUAGUGGCAGCCAAAGCAUGAGAGACAACAUUGGUGCCAUAUUUGGACCAAAACAGCUGCAGAGUCUUCUACCUUUCCAGCAAGCGUCUCCCACAGAAAAUGUUAUUGAAGAAUAUGGGCUCAAGGAUGCAGAUCUACCCAAACAGCUUUUCUCCAUCACAGGGUUUGUGUCUCGAGGUGACCACGGCAUUGGGAGAAGCAGCACAGACAGGCAGUUCUUUUUCAUUAACGAUCGACCAUGUGACCCCCUGAAGGUGACCAAACUUGUAAAUGAAGUGUAUCACAUGUACAACAGACAUCAAUAUCCAUUUGUUGCCUUGAACAUAGCUGUUGCCUCAGAGUGUGUGGAUGUGAAUGUAACCCCGGACAAACGACAGAUUUUCCUUCAGGAGGAGAAACUCCUGCUGGCUAUUCUAAAGACCUCUCUCAUCGCCAUGUAUGAGGCUGGAGUCAAUAAGAUCAGCCUGAGCUAUACACCUACACCCAGCACCAAUGCAGCAUCUACAUCGGAACCUGUCUUGUCCAUUGAGAACAAGGCAGAACAGGAAGAGGACUCCCAACCUGUGGUUCUGAGCCCAAAGUCAUCCCUGAACCUGGCCAGCCUAAAAGCUGCCUUUUCAAGUCAUUACAGUUCCGGUUCUGGGAAGUCGAGUAAGGAAAAAACUUCCAGCAGUGGCACAACACAAAAAACGCUGCAGUCUUUUUUUAAGGAUCCUGUAAAACCUUCUUCCUGCAACGCAAGUCUAAAAUCUCCUUCAAAACCCACAAGAGAGCUGGUUAAAGGCUCCCCAGUGGGUAAUUCAGUGCUAGACAGGUUUAGGUAUGGAAUGAUGUCCUGCGGGGACACGGAUUCCCAAAAAGACAGUGCUGGGUCCAGUUGUGACAUUCCUGAAGCAAAACCGGAUAUCCAGUGUUCUGACCUAGAGCCCAAUUCUCCUAAAGCGGACAGCUGGAGUGUUAAUAAUGAAACGGUUAAAGAGUCGUCAGGCAGUAGUAACACUGUUCCCAAAGCUCCAGAGUCACACACUGAAACAUGCACUCCUUAUGAGGACUCUGCUGUGAGCCCAGAGGCUAAAAGACCCAAGAAAGAUCAUCCACAUUUCCCUCCAGAACAAGAAUCCAGCACUUUUUCAGUCUGUGGUGAGAAAUGUUUCUCGACAGUGGAUGCUCCCGUCUGUCUGCAGAGGAGGACGGUGCAUCUCCAGUUCUCUUUAGCAGAGCUUGCAGAGAAGAUGAAGAGGUUGCAAGACCAGCAGAAACACAGGGCUGGUGACGAGCUGCGGUACAGACGCUUCAGGGCUAAGAUCAACCCAGGAGAAAACCAGAGUGCAGAGGAAGAGCUCAAGAAGGAGAUCAGUAAAGAAAUGUUUAAAGAAAUGGAGAUCGUCGGUCAGUUUAACCUGGGCUUCAUUAUCACAAAACUCAACUCGGACGUCUUCAUGAUUGACCAGCAUGCCACAGAUGAGAAGUACAACUUUGAGAUGCUACAGCAGCACACCGUGCUCCAAGGACAGAAGCUCAUUGUCCCACAGAAACUUCACCUCACUGCGGUCAGUGAGAACGUACUCAUUGAGAACAUUGAGAUUUUCAGAAAGAAUGGCUUUGAGUUUCUGGUUGACGAGGACGCUCAGGUAAUGGAGAGGGUUAAGCUGGUCUCGCUGCCCACCAGUAAAAACUGGACGUUCGGUCCAGCAGACAUUGAAGAGCUGAUCUUCAUGCUGAGCGACAGUCCAGGGGUUAUGUGUCGACCAUCCAGAGUCAGGCAGAUGUUCGCCUCAAGGGCUUGUCGUAAAUCUGUGAUGAUUGGCACUGCUCUGAGUGUUAAUGAGAUGAAGAAGCUCGUGGUUCACAUGGGGGAGAUUGAGCAUCCGUGGAACUGUCCUCAUGGCAGGCCGACCAUGAGGCACCUCGCUAACCUGGAUGUCAUCUCGCAAGACUGAGUCUGCAAACGCUGCAAUGUUCCUUAACUCCAGAUUACUUCUAUCAAACCAUUCAUAUGAUAUAUUGUAGAGUUAAAUGGCUUGUUAUU